AUGUCCGCCAAGCAAGACAUAUUAUUCAUCGACUCGCCAGUACAAGCCAUCGAUAUUGACCGUCGACGCGCGCUCUCGGAGAAGUUCAACCUUCUUUACUACGACUGCGAAUCGAUAGACGAGUUCAAGGAGCGCCUGCAACCCGGCGGGCCCUACGCCAACCUGGUUGCCGUCGUUCGCGGCGGAUGGCUCAAAGCCAGCACAUUAGCCUACAGCCCGCCCUUUACGAGCGACGUCGUGCCGUACUACCCGCCAUCUCUGAGGCUCAUCUGCUGCAGCGGCCACGGCCAUGACGCUGUCGACAUCGAGGCCUUGACGGCCCGCGGCGUCUGGUACUGCAAUACUCCCGAUGCAUGCACCGAGCCCGUCGCCAAUACCGGACUGGCACUCAUCCUGGAUACGUUCCGGCUCUUCACCUACGCGCAAUGGUGCGCGCGGUAUGACUGGGCGAGGAGUCGGGAACUGGGAACCAAGGCGAUCGAGCCAACAGGCAAGAUCCUCGGUGUGGUCGGGCUGGGUGACAUUGGCCUCUCUAUAGCGCGAAAGUGCGAGGCAGCAUUUGACAUGAAGAUCCGAUACCAGGGGCCGCGGAGGAAACCAGAGGCAGAGAAGCUGUUCAAGCACGACGUCGUCUACUACGCGUCGGUCGAUGACAUGAUCCCCCACGUCGACUGCAUUCUUCUUGCUGCACCUUACACAAGGGAGACACAUCACCUAUUAUCCGACAAACAGUUCUCUCUCGCGAAGAGAGGCGGCGUGAGGAUCGUCAAUGUCGCCAGGGGGAAGAUGAUUGACGAAGAUGCUCUUCUCGCUGCUCUCGAGGAUGGGCGCGUCAUCGGCGCAGGCCUGGACGUUCACAGGGAUGAGCCCGACGUCAACCCCGGACUUAGGGAGAACUGGCGCGUGACGCUUUUGCCGCAUAUCGGCGUCUGCUCGGCUACCAGCUGGGAGAACUUUGAGAGGAUCAAUCUGGAUAACGUGGAGGCCUUUUUCAACACGGGGAAGCCGGUUACUCCUGUCAACAGUAUCGGAUAG